ACCCUCUUCUGAGCUCUUUUUCUCAUUUCUGUUUCUGGCCUUCUUUCUGUAUGUGAGAGAGAGAGAUCUUCAAAGAGCAUUUAAUGUCGUUUACUAUUCAAGAGUAGAGUACACCAAACAAAAGCAUCAGAAACGAAGGAAUAUAUCGUGCUGUUGAGUAUAUGAUUCCGUCCCUCCCUAGGGUGGGGGGGUUACAUUUAUUACUAGUUAUACUAGCUUAGUAUUGUUUUGUUAGUAUCAUUGUGGAAUGUUGGUUGUUUCUUCUGAGGAAUAGAAAAAAGAGAAAUUUUAAAAAGACACAUUCAAUCCGGGACUGUUCUUUUUUUAGCUGUAAAUGGAGAGCCUCCAAGGACCCAUCAAUCCCUGUUUGUUUGGGGAAGAGCAUGUGGAUGUAGAAACCACUAAUAAGACCUUGGGAUUCAGCUGUUUUGGGCAAUUUGUGAGCGCAGAUCAUCAUAGCUUGAGUUUUCAAGAAGAAGAAGAAGAAGAGACACAACUGCGUUUGAGGAGAAGUGGGAGCUUGGAAGACAAAAUGCCAUUCCUUGAGAUGCUACAGAGUGUGGAAUCGCCAUCAUAUUCCCCCUUGUGCGAACUCAGCCUUCAGGCAUUGCUCAAUUUACAACAACAACAACAGUCUAAGAAUAACCCAUGGGAUCAGAGCCACAGCUUUCAGGCACCGGAACAACCAGAGAGUUGCCUCACGUCCUAUCAUGACGUUCUGGUCAAAUCCGAGACCAACAACCAACAACAACAAGUGAAGCCCCCAGUGGAGGAGAUGGAGAUGGAGAUGGAGAUGGCGGAAACGAGAACAGGUAGAGAUGAGAGAGGGUUGAAGACGGUGGUGAAGAGAGAGAAAAGAAAGAGAAUGAAGCCUGCGGCAAAGAACAAAGAGGAAGCAGAGAGCCAGCGGAUGACCCACAUUGCAGUCGAACGCAACCGCAGACGCCAAAUGAACGACCAUCUCACUUCACUCCGCUCUCUCAUGCCUUCCUCCUACAUUCAAAGGGGUGACCAAGCGUCGAUAAUUGGAGGGGCGAUUGAUUUUUUGAAGGAACUAGAACAGCUACUACAAUCUUUACAAGCCCAGAAGAGAAUGAAGAAAUCGGAGUUAUCAUCAGACCAAGGAAGAGGAGGAGAAGAAGGAGGAGGCGGCGACACCGCCUCUUCUUCAACCUCCUCCUCCUCCACUACCGCCACUGAGAAUUGUACGGAAGUGGGUAUUACAACAACAGCAAGGAGCAAGGGGAGGAGCAAUGAGUUCACGGCGGAGAAGAAGUCAGCGGCGGCGGAUGUCAGAGUGACAGUGAUCCAGAAGCAUGUCAACCUGAAAGUGGAGUGUCCAAGGAUCCCCGGACAGCUGCUCAAGGCCAUAGUUGCCUUGGAAGGUCUCAAGCUAACGGUGUUGCACCUCAACAUCACGUCCUUUGAAACUUCAAUUCAUUAUUCUUUCAAUCUCAAGAUCAGUAUCAGUAGUACCAACUCUUUUUGUUUUUUGGGGGGUACUACAGUCAACCAUUUUGACUUGGAAGAAAGAAAAGCAGCGAUAGAAGAUGAUUGUGAGGUUGGAUCAGCGGAUGGGAUAGCCGUGGCAGUUCAUCAAAUAUUCAGCUUCGUCAACAACGAUGACAUCUAGUUCUUUGGUCAAUAUCUCACGGGGCGAUGGAUGUGUAGCUCAGUGCAAUACACUCCACUACAGUCCAUCAUUAUUGUAUUCUCUUUUGGAAGGGUAGGGAAGAAAGAUUUUUUUUUUGGAAAAGAUUGUUUUUGUGAAAGAAACAAAAAAAAAAAA